GGUUGGAGCCUGGGGCGUGUGCGCAUGUGCGGGGACUCGGGCCGGCGAGGCCUGCGGAAUCUACAAUCACAUCCAGGCGCCUUGCAGUACUGGAGAGAGCCAAGUCCAGGUCCCCCACACUUCCCAGAUAUGGCUACAGUCAAAUGCUGGAAGCUUCCCAGAAGAAUCUACAUUUGGCGAACAUAUUCAAAAACCAGUAGAUGCACUGAAGCAACAAGAGAUGAAGAAAAGAAAGUGAAUGAAAGUAACAAGGCAGGUGGUGUAAGGUUUGCCGGGACCAAUCUCUCCGUGCCCGGCACAGACUCAGUGAGGCUGGACUAUAAAGUAUGUUCCCUCCCUGCGGCAUAUGCCAGCAUUAAAAUCCAGGCGCAGCAGAAUAUUUCCAAGGAGACAGAUGAUUACAGGGACACUUUCCCACUUCUAUUGGAACAUGUUUCAUCCAAUGUGGGGAUCAAGCAAGUGCGUAACACCUACAUGGUGACUUGUUCUCGGCAGCUGUCCAGUGUCAGAAACACUCUGCUGAAUCUAUCUCAUAGUAAGGCCAAUGAAGAGCAGCUGGGUGAUGCACAGUGGCAUGUGACCUCAAAGGAAAAGCUGGAUGUGGACAGUGUGGAGGUCUAUGAUACCAAAGAAGACCCUCGAGGGUUCCAGAAAAUUGGAAGUGCCUACAAGGCUCUUUGUUACUGCGGCUCAGAACAGGGAGAGGCACUCUCCGUGCAAGAGGGGCAGAAGAUCCUGAGUAAUGUUUCCAUCAUGAAGAGCAGCCUGACCCCGGAGUGCAUAUCUGACUACUUGUGGCAGCUCAGCUGGCUGCCUGCCGAUCAGCACACACAAGUGAAGGCAGAUUCCCGCUUUGCAAUGCUUUGUCAGUUCAGCUUAGACAUUCAGGAAGCAUUCACUUUGCCUCAGCUCCUCCGAAUUCUCGAGGGUACGGUCCGCCUGGGGGUGCCCCCUGCCCACACGUUCCUGAAGGCCUACGAGGCCGAGUUCUGCCGCCGGGUGUGGGAUAUGGACUUUGAUCAGCUCUUGUUCACAGCCGACCUGUGGCGCUGCCUGGGGCGCAGCGUGCCGCGGUACAUGGGACUUCUCCUGAGCUACGCGGACUUGCGCUGGAAGGAGUUGACCAUGCCCCAGCUGGUUCAGCUCCUCUACAUCAUCGGAGAAAGUCGCCGGGCCCCUCCGGAUCUCAUGCAGAAACUGGAACUGCUGCUCUCCACGCACUUGGAUCGGAUGAACAUGGAGGACGUCGGAACUGCGUGCCUGGGUUUCUUCAAGUCAAAAAAUGGAUUUUCGGAGCAGCUGAUGCAAAGAAUCGGUGACAAGGUUGCUGCAAAGAUGGAGGAUAUUAGCAAUUAUAGCUUGGUGAACGUGAUGAAAAUGUUCCGUUACACGCACCAGAGCCACUUGCCGUUCUUGGAGCGUCUAGGGGAGGUGGCAGCUGAGCGCAUUCCCACUAUUGGCACGCAGGGAGUGAUGCAUAUUGUGCUGGCAUGUGCAGCAUUGCACUAUCGAGACAGCCGUAUCUUGGACGCUGUCGCUGCAAAGGUGCCUUCAAAGGUACAGCAUUGCAGGAGCAAAGAUGUCGCCAAAUACCUCUGGUCCUUCGCGGCUCUGAACUAUGAGCCCAACAAUGCUGUGGACUUCUUCUCCAGCCUAACUGAGCAGCUGCACCACAAAAUGCAGGAGUUUCAGCGUUUCCCGGAGCAUUUUCUGACCUCGUUGUUGGCGCUGGCGUUUACUCAACGCUUCCCUCACGAUCUCAUCGACAUCGCUCUGAGUCCGCAGUUUGUGAAGCUAGCAACGGAAGGGAGUCCAUUUGAGCUGAAGAAAGACCUCUUCACGCUCGACGGCACGGUGGCAAUUGAGUGCCCCGAUUACGGAGGUCAUCGUCUCCCACUGCUGUUGCAGCAAGAAGUCACAGAAAUGCUCUGGAGUUUUGCCAAGCAGGAUAUCUGUGUGAAGCCUGAGAUGGUGGAAGCUGCCACUUUGCUGCAAAUUAUGCUGGGCGGCCCUCAGUUUGUAAAGAACCAUAUGAUUUUGCCCCAUACUAGGUCAGCUGAUCUAGAGGUGCAUUUUGACCCAUUUGGCAAGCCGCUUCCAUUUAACACAGUAGCUUCGCGGAACGAGGUGCAAAAACUCGAGUUGAAGUUCAACAGCGUUCAGGUCACCGAUGAGUUAAUUUCCCAAAUUGCAAAAUGCAGAGUCAGCAGGUCCACUUUAAAAGAUGACCCUGACAGCUCAGGUGUGGGAGAAGAUGUGGACAUUGUUAAAACUUUACACAACACUGAAGAUAUAAAAGAAAGAAACCACGUGAGAUUAAAUAUAAAGCAAUUUAGAAAUGAUGUGGCCCUUACCAACAGUCUCCUCAGCUCACUGACUAACUCAAAUACUGUGGACAAAAAAACUGCUUGCCAGCCCAAGGAACGAUCAGAAAUAAAAAAACUUGCCAUUCAGGUGUCCAACCGCAACCACUACUGCCACAGUUCCAACAUCCUCCUGGGGCUGCACAGCAUGAAGAGGAGGCAGCUGGCACGAGUAGGCUAUGUGGUCAUAGAGCUUCCAUAUUGGGAGUGGGUCCCUUUACUUAAAAGGACUCGCUCUGAGAAAAUAGCCUACUUGCAUCAGAAACUCUACAAUGUACUGGAUUGAAGUAAAACACGCCUUCUUGAAAGGAGAUCAUGUCUCUCAGGCCAGAAUUUAACGUUCAUAAAUUCCUGAGUUUAAUGCAAUUAAAUGCAAAAAAAGUCAACUAUUUAUUCCAUGUCAAGCUCCUUGCUCCGUGUCAUGAAAAUAAAACGUUAUGGGAAUCUAUUGGUGAACACCAGACACAAUUAAAUUAAUGGAAUAUAUACAAUAUUCCAUCAUUAAUGAGUAUUAUGAAAUAUUUUUAUUUAUUAUUAUACAGUAGCUUGAAAACUAUUCUGUAGGUCGGGUCAUUUGUAACCUGGGGAUAUAUUUCUGUGCAUUCGUAUUACUAAUGCACAAAUACAGUGUUCAUGGUGAUUAACAAGCCUGGUAAUUCUGAAUCUUUUCAACAUAUUGUCACAGUUCUGAAAUCUCAUCACUAACAUGAGGGACCUAGAAUCUAUGAGGGUUUUCUGAUUUAUUGUAAAUGUACCUACAUUUGUUUCAUGUAAAUAAAUGGUCAAAAUUGUUGCCAAAGAACUGUGUUCAUUUUUUUGGGAGAUGCGAAUGAUAGUUUGGAUAAUUGUGGGAGAAAUGAGUUAUUUUCUUAUUCUGUACAUAAUUGCCUAUUAAAAUAAUAAACUUG